AUGGAUCCAGUUGCCGUGCAAGUAGAAAUUAAUAACUUUUUGGAUCACACUGCUUCAAAUCCUAGAAGAGGAGCGAAAAAAGUAGAGACUAGGGAUACAUAUUUUGAACAAGUAGGUCGUUCUUAUGCGAAUCUCGCACAUGACAGGCACUGGAGGAAUGCAGACGGAUCGGUGUAUCCAAUUUCGGUCGAACAUUUGAAAGAGUAUAUAAUCUUAAAAUAUGAAUCUAGUAAUAUGAAAAGUGUACUAUGGCAUAUUGGGGCAUUGAAGAGAUAUCAAACAGAGGUGCUCAAAUUUAAAAAGUGGGAUGAAGUGAGAAAUCAUCCGGAUGUCCUAAAACUACUCGCUGAGUUGGAAGAAUCAGAAGCAUACAAAAGUGAUGAUGAAGGAGGAAUAGCGCCAUUGGGAGGUGUGCAGAAUCGAGGAAAAGGUAAAGCUGAAGAUUUAUCGCUCAAGACAAAAAGGCCUGUAUCCCGGUUCGAUCUUUCCAGACGUCCUGCACAGACAAUCUUGGCCUUACUUGGUCGUACGAAUGGCGAAGGUAAUGAAUCUUUGGGGGAUGCUUCCGGUAGCAAUACAGCAGCGACUGCUGCUGAACCUAGAUUUGAGCAAGGCGACAGUUUUAUGGUAACUGACGACUCUGGUAAUUAUAUGACAGUCAAGAGACGAAGACUCAGAAGUGAAUCGGAUAGUGAGUCGUCGGAAGAUGGACCAGAAUCGUUUAAACUUCGUUACGACACUGCAUUAUCUAUUCUAAAGUCAAAAUAUGUAAACUCCUGUACUAAACACCUUCGUGGGUGUUUUCCUAUCGACGAGCGUCGGCACUUGCUCUUGGACGAGAAAAUGAUCAAGCGAUGGGCAACAUUGAUAGCGUCAGGCGAUGAUGUUAUUGUUGAAAGUCCACCUCAAUUCGAAGAAUUCCCCGAAUUUAAUACAGAUAGAGCAGUAUGCAUUUAA